AUGGCUGAGCGAAAGGUCCUCUCAAAGUACUAUCCCCCGGACUUCGACCCCUCGGCGAUCGCUAGCUCGUCCAAGCGCUCUCGCAAGGAUGGCAAAGCCGAGUCAAAGUUGUCCGCCAGCCGCCUGAUGACACCCUUUUCAAUGAAAUGCACUCACUGUGGCGAGUACAUCCCCAAGGGUCGCAAGUUCAACUCGCGCAAGGAGACCCUCGCCGAGAGGUACCUCUCGAUUCCAAUCUACCGUUUCUACAUCCGUUGCACGCGAUGCAGCGGCGAGAUCACCUUCCGCACCGAUCCUAAGAGUAAGUCUGAACGCAUGUUGCUACCACUUGCCUGUAUGAAACUAAUUCCAUUAAUAGACAGUGACUACCAGUGCGAACGCGGAGCAAAGCGCAACUUCGAAGUUUGGCGCGACGAGGAGGACGAGAAGUACAACGACGAGACCGAGGAGCAGACCCUUGACCGACUCGAGAGGGAACACGGCGCAAAGGAAGAGCAGCUGGAACGCGACAAGAUGGCUGAACUCGAAGACAAGAUGCUUGACUCCAAGCGCGAGAUGCAAGUCGCCGACGCACUUGACGAAAUCCGAACCCGCAAUGCGCGCAUCGAGCGCAACGAGGCCCGUGCCGGCGAGGCUGCCAUCGCUACUGUUCAGGAGAAGAUCGACGAGGACGCCCUUCGAGCGGAGAGGGAGGCUGCCGAGGACGCGGAGGCUCUUGAACAGUUCAGGGCCAAGCAGCGUGCCGCAAAGUCGGCCAAGCUGGACGAAGAGAUUGCAGAUUUCGAGCGUCAACAGGCCGCUGUGGACACUGAGUCCUGGGGCAACGCCAUCAAGGAGCGACGUCUCGCUCUUAAGGCCAAGAAGCUGGAGCGGAAGCAGAAGUACGGCCUGGUUUAA